AUUAAAAGAAGAUACGAGAAGAAAUGUAGGUCCCCGAACCACAAACAUGGUUUUGACAUCUCUCACUCUCUAUAUAUAGGUUGUUGUGUAGCUUCUUUAGUCUUGGAAAUACAACAUUAUAAGUAUAUUAGGUAACUUAUUUAAACAUAGCUCUCUUUUGUUCAAAAAAAAAAAAAAAAAAAAAAAAAAUUAAACAUAGCUCUCUAUAAAGUAGAUAUAUUUAGAGAGAGACAGUGAUGGGGAGGCAACCAUGUUGUGAUAAAGUAGGGUUAAAGAAAGGGCCAUGGACUAUUGAAGAAGACAAGAAGCUCAUCAACUUCAUCCUCACCAAUGGCCAUUGCUGUUGGAGAGCUCUUCCCAAGCUUUCUGGACUAUUGAGGUGUGGCAAAAGCUGCAGAUUAAGAUGGAUAAAUUAUUUAAGACCUGAUUUAAAAAGAGGCCUUUUAUCAGAAUAUGAAGAACAAAUGGUCAUUGAUCUCCAUGCCCAACUUGGCAAUAGAUGGUCAAAGAUUGCCUCUCAUCUACCAGGAAGAACUGAUAAUGAAAUAAAGAACCAUUGGAAUACACACAUAAAGAAAAAGCUAAGGAAGAUGGGUAUUGACCCUUUGACCCAUAAGCCUCUCUCGGAACAUGAAGCUUUACAACAAGCUCAAGGGAGCAAGAAAAGCUUCGGGCCUCAUGAUGACAAGAACCCAAAACAAGAUCAAGAAGAUCAACAAACCAAAGGCGAACAAGAGCAAGAUUUGGAGAAGAACAACACAUCAGUUUCUAGUGAUGGGUUUUGCAUUGAUGAAGUCCCAUUGCUCAAUCCACAUGAGAUCUUGAUCGACAUCUCUUCUUCUCAUCAUCAUCAUUCUAAUGAUGAUAACGUCAAUAUCAACACUAGUAAAUUUACUUCUCCUUCUUCCUCUUCCUCUUCUACCUCGUCUUGUAUAUCAGCAGUAGUACCGGGUGAUGAGUUCUCCAAGUUUUUUGAUGAAAUGGAGAUUCUUGACCUCAAGUGGCUUUCGUCGGGGGAUAAUAAUAGCAAAGACGGCAAGUUCAACAACACUGUUGAUACGAUAAACUUGUGGGACAUCAAUGAUUUGGGCAGCUUGGAUAUGUUUAUGAAUGACCAUGAUGAUGGUUUUGUUGGUAAUGGUAAUGGAUGUUCAAGAAUGGUGUUAGAUCAAGAUUCAUGGACAUUUGAUCUCCUCUAGCUUUCAGUUUUUUCUUGAUGUUUUUUUAAGUAGAUUUUUUUCUUUGUUCUUAAAGUGGGGGAUUUGGGUUUGGCCUUGGUGUUGCAGUUUAGUGGAUUAUUAUGUACAAUACAUGUAAUAAAGAUUGCAACUGUGGACAUUCGUUUCUCUG